UACAAUUCCAUCAUUCCAAACGUUUAAUCCACGACAGAAAGUCUUUUUAUAAUCCCUUUCCUUUCGGAUUAAUCAUGAAAUCCAAUCAUUACACAUUCAAACAUGAGUCUCGUUAAAGUCGCCACUUUCACUCAACGUUUGUUCUUAGUCACAUGCUUUCUGGCACCCUCGCUUGCAGCAGCUCCUACUUUGCUGUUUCAGGGGUUCAAUUGGGAUUCAUGCAACAAAGAUGGUGGAUUAUACAAUUCCCUCCUUGGCUCCAUUGAUGACCUCGCCGCUGCUGGAAUUACCCAUGUUUGGCUCCCACCUCCCUCCCAAUCCGCUGCACCACAAGGAUAUUUGCCAGGACGUUUAUACGAUCUGAAUGCAUCAAAAUACGGGAAUGAAGAACAACUGAAAUCUUUGAUCAAAGCUUUAAACAACAAGGGAAUCAAAUCCGUUGCAGACAUAGUUAUAAAUCACAGAACAGGGGAGAAGCAAGAUGGAAGCGGGAAAUACUGUAUCUUCGAGGGUGGAACUCCAGAUGAACGACUUGAUUGGGGAUCUUCCAUGAUUUGCAAAGACGACGACUAUUGCAUUGGCAAUGGAAAUCUCGACACCGGAGGCCCCUUUACAGGUGCCCCAGACAUCGAUCACGUAAACCCUACAGUCCAAAAGGAGUUAUCUGAUUGGAUGAACUGGCUCAACACUGAAAUAGGGUUUGAUGGGUGGCGAUUUGAUUACGUAAAAGGGUAUUCCUCGAGUUUCACCAAGAUCUACAUGACCAACACCUCUCCAGAUUUUGCAGUUGGAGAGCUAUGGAGCUCGUUAGCUUAUGGGGAAGAUGGAAAACCAGAUUACAAUCAUGAUAACCAUAGAAAUGAACUUAUGAAGUAGGUGGAAGAAGGUGGAGGUGGCGCGUUAACAGCUUUUGAUUUUACUACAAAGGGUAUACUUCAAGCAGCUGUGCAAGGUGAGUUAUGGAGAUUGAUCGAUCCAAAUGGUAAACCUCCUGGGUUCAUCGGAAUUAUGCCUGCGAAUGCUGUGACAUUCAUCGAUAACCAUGAUACAUACUCCCAAAAUGUUUGGCCAUUUCCUUCUGAUAAAGUUAUGUUAGGAUACACCUACAUUCUCACUCAUCCAGGAAUCCCAUCGAUUUUCUACGACCAUUUUUUCAGUUGGGGGUUGAAGGAAGCGAUCAUAAAUGUAUCAGCGAUUAGGGAAAGGAACGGGAUAGGAGCAACGAGCCAAGUGAAGAUAUUGAAAUACGAAGCUGAUUUGUAUGUUGCUGAGAUUGAUGAAAAAAUCAUGGUGAAAAUCGGAUCAAAAGAUGAUCUUGGAAAUCUCAUUCCAGAGAACUUUGAGGUUGCUACUUCUGGGUUGAACUACGCAGUAUGGGAGAAAAACACCAUAAAGUUUGAAUGAAGCAAUUGUUGUAUGUUGUAAUAAUACAAAAUACUUAAUAAAUUGUUGUAAUAAUAUAAAAUAUUUAAUCAAAUUGAUAACUAAAACGCAGCAAUGAGCAAACCCAUAUAAAAUAUUUAAAUCAUAUUGUUACAAAUACAGAAGUGAAGAGUAAAAAUUGCUUUGUAUCCCCCAUUAUGUAUUAUUAUUACUGUUAUUAUUAUUAUUCUUGUUUGAAUGUCCUUUCUUUUUGCUGAAGAACAUUAAAAAUCUAGGAAAGAACGACUUCUUCUUUUUCUUCCGAGUCUUCCCUUCACGAGAUGAUCCCGUCACAUUGUUGAAGCUUUCAGAACUUUUUCCUUCUUUACCACGAACUAAUCCUUUCUGUCUUCCAUUUUCUUUAGCUUUUCUUCUUUGUUCACUUUCAGAUCUCCAUGUUCUAAGCUCCUGUUCUACAGCCAGUUUCCCUUCCUUAGCCUUCUCAGCUUUCUCCUUUGCAAUCGAGAGUUGUUUCCUCUUUAAAACUAUAUCUGAGUUUACUUUCUCAAGGUUAUUCACUGUUUUCACUUCCGAUUCUUUUGCUAAAUCAAUCUUUGACAUUGCUUCUGAAACCCUACAAUUAGCUUCAGUCUCAGCUUCUUGAGCUUUUCGAGUUAGUUCAUAGUAAUCCUCUAAGGAUAUUGUAACUCCAGAUUCUCCUUCACUCUUUCGAGCUGAUUCGGUUUCAUGAAGUGCAGUAAUUGCUCCAACAGCUAAUCUUUCUGAUGCUCGAGCUGCUUCAAUCUCCUUUUGAGCAGCUAUCAAUCUGCUUCUCAUUGUUUCUGCUCCAGCUUUCGCUUGAUCCGCCUUUUCUUUCGCUUUCUGUAGUUCUUCAUGUGCUGACCUGGCUAGCGAUUUAGCAUGAUCUGCCUCUUCGGCUGCUUUCUGAAGUUGUUUCGGGAGUUCGAUUGCUUUUUCUCUUGCUAAUUUUUCCUUCUUUUGAAUUAGGGAAAUCUCUGAAAUUGUUCUAUUUAGGUCACAUUCAAGAGAUGCAACUGUUACUGAUGCCAUUCCUUGUCUUCGUUUUAUCGCGAUGAGUGUUGAUUUCUCUUUCUCGAGUUCCGAGUUCAAUGAAUUUGCAGCUUGUUUCAAUGAUUUGACCUCAUUCGUUGCUAAUUCGAUGCUUUUGUUCACUUCCUCAAGGUUAAUCUUUUCUACAUCGAUAGCUUCUUGCAUUUGUUUACGUGUAUUGCUAUUGUUAUUUAACGAUUCGUUAUUUUCCAUUUCUUUCUCAUGAUUUUCGCCCAUGUAAGCAGCUAAUUCGGAUUUCAAGUCAUGAAGUAAUACUGAAGCAGUUUCGAGUUUGGACUUAAGAUCUUCAACUGAAACGAUUUGUCGAUCGACUUUUUCCAAUUCCGAUUCCGAUUCUUUCAAUUCCUUCGCCCAAUUCAAAGUAUCUUCCUCGCGUGCCAUUCCGAUUCCGGUUCUGUAUUCCUCCGCCUCCAUACGAGCGGCAUGCGCAGAUUCCAACGCCUCUUUUGUUGUCAUGAGUUUGAUAGUCAACCCUUCAACUUGUUUCUCAAUUUCUUUCGAAUUAGAAACAGCCUCUUUAGCAUUCUUUAUAGCUACAUCUCUUUCAGACACCAAUAAUUCAUAAUCGUUUUGGAGAUCUUCAAGCUCCUUUUUAACAGUUUUCACCUCAGAAACAGCAGCUUCAUGUCUCGCAUGUGCAACUUCUCUUUGUAUCUUCGCAGCAACACUAGAAUCAUCAGCAAUCCCUUGCUCCAUUUCUUCCACUCUUAGUUUCGCAAGUUCUGCAUCUUGUUUUGCUUGACGCUCUUCUGUUUGUGCUCUUUCAAGAUUAAGUUUUAGUUCUUCUACGAGCCUUUUAGUGUCAUCGAGCUCCUUUAACACAUGUAGCUUCGAUUCUUCGGCUUUCUCUGACUUUUUCUUAAACAAUGGGAUCUCUUCACGUGCCUUUUUGAGCUCUUGUAUUAUAUACUUCCGCUUCUGCAAAUUGGGUUUUAAUGUUUUAUAUAUCCAUAGAUUUUUUAGUAGUGAUAUAAACAAAAUGGAUGAUAUUAUACCUCAGCGGUUUGGAGUUUAUGGGCUUUCCAAUCGAUGAUUCCACCAAACAUGGAAACAGCUGCUUUAACAGAUUCGAAAGGUGCAGUGGUAUCGAUAAUGGCAUUACUAUAAGUUUUCUGAAGCUUUUUCCCAGAAUCAGCCUUCUCCAAUGGUGCAAUGGUAUCAACAUUACUAUAAGAUUUCCGAAGCGGUUUCUCAGAACCAGUCUUCUCCAAUGGAGAAAUGCCAUUAAAUGCCUUUUGAUCAUGAUUGCAAAUCUCACCAUUUGUUUCUCCGGAAGGUGAUUCGGGAUUUCUUGUUGGAUUAUUUGCUUCUGGUUCUUCUGAUGUUUCUAAUGGAAGAGAUGAUGGAAUUUCUUCUUGAACGUGAUCAUCUGGUUGUAUUAGGGUUUCUUGGGAAGAUGUUAACCGAUCAUCUAAUGGUUUUGGAUCAGUUGAGGCUUCUUCUUCAAUUUCGGAUCCUUUUGAUGUAUCUUGUUCAGAGCUUGAAUUACCGAAAUUUUCCUCUGCAUUCGAUCCAUUCUCAGUGUCCUCCUUCCCUACAUCUGUUUCAGAUUCUAAUUCUCCAUUUGUGACCAAUUUAGCAGACUCUUCACCAUUUGAGGUUAAAUUUUCUUCCAGAGCUUUCACUUCAUCCAUUCUAGAAUUGUCAAACAAGCACCCGUUUGUUGGAUAUCUGAGAUUCAAUUCAUAACACAAAUCUUCAUUCGUGGAGGCGAAUCACGAAAAACAAAUCAAUUUGCAAAAAAUUUCAUCCAAAGAUCAACUGUUCUUGGUCGUCAUCCCCCUCGCAUCAUCGAAUAUUCAUUGCAUCCUUUCGCCAAUGAAUUCAAAGGAUCAUACGAAAUAAUCAAAUAAUUAUAACGCCCUAACAAAACCCACAAAACAACAUUCAAUCAAAUUAAACUCAGAGUUAGAAAGAGAUAAGAGAGGUUAAACGCAUACCCGGAAAUCCCCGGAAUCAAAUCCAGAGGUUUGAUGAAAAUAUCUUCUGAUAUCGAGAAUAUUAACUUUGAUUAACUCCAACAAACCAGCGAUUAAAGCUUCGGAAAUCACUAUGUAAAACAGAUCCAAAUGAAAAUGAUAAUCAAUUGAUGAGGAAAGCAAAGGAAUUAGUAAAAUGGAUGGAAAUAAUGAGCGCAAACAGAAAUAAUACCAAUUUCACCACAAUAUGAUCUGAAAGGCGCGCUGUUUUUCGAAAAAUUUUCAUGUUUGCGUCUAUUUUUAGGUUUAAAUAUAUUUUGAUUGCUAUAUUUAGUUGAAAAUGUAUUUUUAUUGUGUAAUUUAAUAUAUAUUGUGAAGCAUUAGUUAUCUUUACUUUUAACAAAUUAUCAACUACUUGCAUAACUUUAAAAGGAUUAAGAGGGAACCAAGAAGAAUUAAUGUUUUACUUUGUUUGGGAAAAAAAAAGAGCUUGUCUCCUUGUGCAUUGUCUUCGUCAAAGAGGUUUCGAGAAAACGUUAACAGAAGGAAAAUGCUGAUAUGUAACCGAAUGGGAUCUCAAAUCACAGAUAUAAAGCAUCAAAGUAAGUGAUUUUGUUGUUUGUUGCAUAUAUAAUUUUGUUUAUUUUUUUAAUUUGGAUUCGGUAUUUUAAUAUGUAGCUAAAAUGACAUUAAAUAUUUUUUAUUUUUCUAAAGAUAAAAAUAUUAAAAUAACCCCUUGUUUUGACAAAAAUAACUUUAAAUUUUCUGCUUUCCUCAAAAUGCCCACAUAUUUCAUAACAGGGUCAUUGCAAAAUUAUGUACUUCAUUACCUACAAAUCAUUAUCAUAGAUCUUAGUUGUGAUUUAGAUUGUGUUUGACAAGUCAAAGUUAACUGAUAAACUAAUUUAUUUUGUAAACGUUUUUAAAUUGUCUUGUUAAUGGCAAUUAGCAAACCUAAAAAUAGUUUAUAAGUUAGUUUAGUAAAAAGCUAGUUAGACUAGUUUUUCAUGAGUUUUUUUUUUUUUUUUUUUUUUCCAAAUAUACCUUUAAUUUGUUAUAAAAAAAACAUAUUUUUCUAAAUGUUUUUUUUUAUUUUUUUUUUUGUCAUUUUAUAUCUUUCAACUAGCUUAUAAGUUAGUUUUUACCAAACAUCAUUUUUAUCAGCUAGUUUUCCAACUAAUAUGUCAAACAUAGCCUUAGUACGAAUAGGUUUCAUUUAUGAAAUCAUUUUUUUGUUUUAAUUUGUUUCACGUAUUGCAAAAUUAAUCAUGUCACAUCGGUGGCGGUUCUAGAUCGGAGAGUGAAAACCUUGAGGAACAAGGUGGUGAACUUGGUUAAAGUUUAGUAGCAGCAUCAGAGAGGCUCUGAGUGGACUUAGGAACCCGAGGAUAAGAUGACGAAGCAUUAUCCAGAUUUUUUCGCAGAGGCCAACUUCGAGGGUGAAGUCUGAUUCUAGUGGGGUAGAUUUGUAACACCCGUUGUCACGUAGUUUUAUUUCUAGUCCCUUGUGUUUUAAAAGCUUGCAAAAAGGUCCAUACACUGGGCGUACAAGUUGUACGCGGGGAGUAAGUCAGUUGGCCUUGGGGGCAGGUCAACAUUUGAGUACAUUGGGUGUACGUAUGAGUACGUGAGCGUACUUGUGUUGUCUCCAAACCCUAAAAUUUAGGACAUGACCCCUAUUUAACCAUCUUAUUCCUCCCUUGGACACCAUCUUAUCAAGCCUCCAUUCCAUCUAAACCCUAAAAUUGAACCCUAAUGUGUGAAGGAGAGUUUCGAAGCUUGUAAGGUGAUUCUUGUGUGUUUGGUGUUUGAAGGAAGACCUUUCAAGUGAAGGUGGUGCAUUCAAGCUUGUAGAUCCAGAAACUUCACCUUCUUGUGCACCCUUUUAUGGUAUAAAGUUUUCAUCUUGAAGCUUGUAUUAGUAGAUCUUGUUUAGUCUUUUAUCCCAAAGCUUGGACCUUUAAGAGUAUGAAGUGCUACAGAUCGAUUAAGUUUUCCUUUCAAGCAUCCUAAGGUGUCUUGAGUCAUAAAAAUGCUAUCUGGUUCACUUCUUUUCUUCCAUGCAAGAGUUGUGGUGGUGGUGGGGGGGGGGGGGGGGGUUAUGAAGUAAAAGUUAGGGGUUUUGAGUUAUAACUCCUUAUAGCCAUGUAAAGGCUUGAAGUUAGAUAUUUGUAGUGAUGAUUUGUACUUGAUACUUGUGAUUUUAUGAUGGUUUGGUUUUAUGAAAAUAUUUUGGGUAAAUUAAAAAUGAAAAUUUUUGUUUAAAAUUUGGAUGUUACACAUACGGACGUCGUUGACUUUUGACCAAGUGUGCCUUUUUGACAAUUUGUGAGAGUUUUGCAUCUUGGGAUAGGAAAAAUGCUCUUUUGCCUAAUUUAUGGAUUAGACUUGACUUAGGAUUAGUGAAGUAUGAAAAUUUCCUUAAUUAUUAAUUAGGGUUAAUUGGUGUAAUUAUUAGGCGGAGUCUAGUUACAGCAGUUCGGGUGUGAGUUCUAUCACUCAUCUGUGUAAGGUGAGUCUCCUCACUUAUUCUUACAUGUGUGGUAGAACAGAUUUAUAUAUGUAACGAAGAACGGGGUCUAUGUGUUAUUAAUAUGAUACGUGUUGCCUUAUGUGUGCUGAGACUUCGGGUAGUCUCUAGGGUUGCUGAUAACUGAUAGUUGUUUAUUUUGUGCUGUAUUAUGUGUGGUAUUUUGGGGAAGUCACUAAGCUUUGUGCUUACAGUUGUUGAUUAAAUGUGUUUCAGGUACUUCUGAGGAUCACAGGAAAGCGAAUGCUUGAUUGUACACAUUUACCUGCAGUUUAUGAUACCAGAUAUUUUUGGGACACUCUGAUAUGUUGAUGGUGAUUUGUAUUUGACAUUGUGAUUUUCUUGAGAUGGUUUCUAUGAACAACGUUUUUAUAUGAAUUUAAAAAUGAAAUUUUUUUUUUGAAA